AAAGACCGAAAGGCGGCCGGGUUCUGGAGGCGGGGCCUCAGCCGGGGACAGUGGUUGCACCUGCUGAAGUCCCGCCCACAAGUUUCGGGUGCAGUUUCUCGUCUUACCGUCAGGGGGAAGGGAGCCUGCUUGACUGCAAAUAAUAAUAGCUAACGUUGAGUGCGCUGCGCAUGCCAGCCUUCCUCUUGCUGCUCAGCAGCCCAAACACUGCGAGGUAGGUGUUUCUUUGUGUGUGCCAUGGGGACACAGGUGCUUUCUUGGACACUUCCCUGACAGAUGAACCUCAUACACAAUAAACCAGUUUGUGGAGCUCCCUCUGCGGAUGUCCUUCAGUGAGGAUGGAAGGCCUUCAAGAACGAAAUUCUGCACAGGCGCUUUGUCUAGGUGUCUUUUUCACACAGGUGUGACUUGAAGCAGGUGUUCUCACUACACUACACUUACAGGGGUUCACAGAGCUGCUUAGCCUGGCCUUGAACUUGGAUCCUCCUGCCUCAGCCUCCUGAAUACCUGCAUCACCAGGCCUGACUUCAGGUUUGAAUUCUUCAGUGUUACGUACGCAUCAGAGCCGGCCCCUUACAGGUGCUCCCGCGGUGCGGCCCCGCCCCCUCGGCCCCGCCCCUCUCAGCCGGGCUCAGGUGCACAAGCCGGAAGUGCGCUCCCUGCCUAGGUCCCGAGUCGCAGGUGUCCUCCUCGACCCAAGAUGCGGUAGGAAUUGGAGCCCUGGGGAAGUCCUGCCCUUGGCGCCACCAACUCAUCGUCCAAGCUCAUGGCGACCCCAGGCCUGGGGCUACUUCUGGCAGUUGGUCUGCCGAUGCUGCCCGCUGGUUGGAGCCAAGCGCCCACAGCCCUGGACCCUUUCAAUAGCACGACUCCAUCCCCAGACCCUGAUUCCAGUGGGGGCCUGUCUUCAGAGGCUGUUGUAGCCAUCGCUGUGGUCUUUUCCAUCCUGGGAGUCAUCCUCUUAGCGGUGGGGCUAUUCCUGCUGAUGCGGAAACUUCGAGAAAAGCGCCAGACAGAGGGCACCUACCGGCCCAGCAGUGAGGAGCAGUUUUCCCAGGCAUCAGCUGAGGCCCGGGCCCCCCAGGACUCCAAGGAGCCAGUGCGGGGCUGCCUGCCCAUCUAGCUCCUUCCCCCUCCUCCCUGUCACCCACCUUCCAUACUUUGCUGUGUGACCUUGGGGGAAGGCAGCACCCUCUGGGCGAUCAGACUCACCCAAUGCUUAAAGAUAGAAGGGAAGAAAGUUCUUCAAAGACCUUGACUUUGAGGGAAAGGGAGGAUGGGGCUACUCACUUUUAUAUAUUUAUGUGAAAUUAAUAGUAAGGUAUAAUAAAGCGUUUUUUUUUCUUUC